AUGUUGGAGGCCAAUAGUCUCACCGGGUUUCUUUCUCUAGCAGUUGCGAAUCUUUCCAGUCUCUCUUACCUUUCUUUAUCUGGGAGUCCACUCUCUGAAACAAUUCCAAGAGAGGUCAGGUUGAUGACAGGUCUUAGUGCUCUUUACAUUGCCAGAAAUCUUAUCAGUGGCACCAUCCCGAAAGAAAUAGGAAACUUGAAGUCUUUAACAUCGCUUGCUUUAGAUAACUCCUACCUUACUGGCUCUAUUCCUUCUUCCAUUGGAAACCUGACCAAUCUAGUUGAUUUUUACUCUUUUGAUACUGAAAUUUAUGGAAAUAUUCCAGUGGAAAUUGGAAAAUUGAGUAAUUUGAUAACCCUUCAACUUAAUAACAAUAAUCUCUCUGGUGCACUUUCUAUGGAAAUUGGAAAAUUGGGCAAUUUGAGAUAUCGUGUCCUUAAUGACAAUUCUAUCUCUGGUGCACUUCCUUCCUUGGGAAACUUGACAAAUCUGAGUGUUCUAGAUUUGAUGAAUAACCAGCUCAAUGGCUCUCUUCCUUCAACAAUGAAUAACUUGACCAGGUUAAUGCAUUUUGGAUUGUCUUAUAAUAACUUCAUUGGCAAAUUGCUUGACCAAAUAUGUAGUGGUGGAUCACUUGUGUAUUUUCAUGCCAUUGAAAACCAUUUUACAGGCCCAAUACCAAUAAGCUUGAAAAACUGCAGCAGCAUUACUAGAGUUAGGCUGGAAGGAAACCAAUUGAUAGGAAAUCUUAUACAAGCUUUUGGUAUACACCCACACUUGUAUUAUCUUAAUCUAAAUGAUAAUAAAUUGCAAGGUGAGGUUUCACCAAAGUGGGGGUGGUGCCAGAAUUUGACAUGCCUCAACAUCUCCAACAACAAUCUUUCAGGCUCCAUACCACCUGCGCUUGAUUUAACAAUAGCUUCGAAAAUAGAGGUGGAGAUCUUUAAUCGCAAGGGAGAUUUUCUGUUAUGGAGUAAGAAGAUGAGGGCAGUCCUCAUGCAAAUGAAAGUUGCUAGAGCUAUUGACGGGUCAUUCCCUGCCGAUCUUCUAGAGGGCAAGAGAUUAGAGAUGGACAAGAUUGCUUUGAGUACAAUCAUCCUACAUCUCUCGGAUAGUGUUCUUAGGAAGGUAGAUGAGGUAACAACUACCUCUCAAAUGUGGAACAAAUUAGAACAGCUUUAUUUGGUAAGAGAUGUCAAGAAUGCCAUCAAGUAUGGUCGUGAUUCUUUGUCUUUGGACAUAGUGGUCAAUUUCUUAAAGUCCAGGAACAUAGAAUUAAACUUUGAGUCAAAGAGUGAAGGGCUCAGUGCUCGGGGUAGAAGUGCAACUAGCAAUUCUGGAAGUAUUGACUUUAAGGGGAAGAGCCAAGACCACUCUAGAUCUAAGUCUAGAACAAGGGGUCGAAAAUGUUACUACUGUAAGAAAGAAUGCCAUAUUAUGAAGUUUUGUUAUAAGAAAAAGAGAGAUGAUAAAAGCAAGAACCAUGAAAAUGGUGAUCUUGUUGUUGCUUCUUUUAAUGAAAAUUCUGGGGAGUCCUAUAAAAAGUAUGAGGAAGGACAGGUUCUUUUAGGAGACGACCACUCUUGUAAAGUAGUUGGAAUUGGUUAUACAUCUAAAACUGAAAAUGGAAAAAUGAGAAUAUCGAAAGGCUCAUUUGUUGCUUUUAAGGGUAUUAAGAAACAUGGACUAUAUGUCUUGCUUGGUGAAGCUGUUUUUAAUUCUUGCAAUGCUUCUGUUCAAACUCCUGUUGAUAAUACUAUUACUAACAAUGCAGGUUUUGAUGGUAAGCAACAAGUAGAGACCAGACAGAUAGAACUACCUAUACCUAGAGUUGACAUACCAGAUCAUCAAGAAAGAGGUUUCUUAAAGGAUAAUGAAUCAGAUGCUCAUCAAGAUGAAACUCCACUGCAGACAGAAUCAGAUUCGGAUAAUGAAAGGGAAAUGCAACAGGCUUCUUCACCAUAA